AUGGCGAGCUCGGUGUGGGCAUUGGGAAAAAAACUCCCAGAAGGCGACGUCAUCGACUGGAUCCGCAACCUGCUCGCCGACAGUGCGGUAUCGACUGUCGCUAUCUACGCCGACGGACAUUACGCGACUCUCGUGCCGUCCGAUCGGGAGGAGGUCCUUCAUUACUGGGUCAUCAAGGACUUCGUAAAAACCCAGCGGGACAGGUGCUUCCAACACUUCCGUGUUCGCACGAGCGAGCGCGACGAGCCCAUAUCCAUCGUCAAUUGCCACGCACCUUCCUCGCAGAAGCGACCGCUGACGGUGGCCAGGCGUCUGCGGUACUUCACCGCAUUUCACGAGGCAUGCGCCGGUGACCCUCUCAUCUGGGGCGGCGAUUUCAACGCGGGCUUCAUCCAGCUCGCCACCCUUCUCGCGUGGAUUGAUCAUUUCUACAUCAUGAAUUCCAGUGCUGCACAGCCUGGUUCAUUGCGAACGGUGUCCUCCCAUCCGCAAACAUUCAAGCACGGCGACUUAGCGGUGACGCUCGGCCUCUGCAGUGCUCAG